AUGUCUGACAGUCUUCAUUCCGAACCACCAGCGACCAAGCAUUUUCGGCUGUCUUUCCCAGCACCCAAGGUACUUCUGGUGACGAUAGAUAGGGAAAAGCAACGGAAUUCUCUCCCUGCUGAAGCGCACUGGGAAGGUCAUGGCAUAUUCUCGUGGUUCGAUGACGAGCCUACUUUACUUGUCGCAAUCGUGACCGGCGCGGGCGACAAAUCCUUCUGUGCUGGACAGGAUUUGGCCGAGCAGAGUCAUUCACGCCGCGGGCCCAAGACUGCAGCUCAGUUGGCAGUGAUGAACCAUCCCCCCACGGGUUUCAUGGGCCUCAGCCAACGCAAGGGGAAGAAGCCGGUGAUCGCCGCCGUGAACGGAUUCGCACUGGGGGGAGGGUUUGAGAUCUGUCUCAAUUGUGAUAUGGUGGUCGCAUCACCCAAAGCUCAGUUCGGGCUGCCUGAAGUUGCGGUGGGAUUAUAUGCAGCCGCCGGCGGCUUGCCUCGCUUGAUGCGCAUUGUUGGCCUUCAGCUCGCCUCGGAAAUUGCCAUGACCGGUCGCAAAUUGAAUGCUCAGGAGGCACUGCAAUAUCAACUGAUCAAUCGGGUCUCUCAGACCUCAGAGUCCGUUGUUGACGAGUGCCUCAAACUUGCAGCCCAAAUCGCGAGUUUUUCGCCCGAUGGAAUCAUUGUUACACGUCAAGGCUUGCGCGAGGCGUGGGACAAUCCCAGUGUUGAGCAUGCGACUGCACGCACUCGCCAGGAAUACGUCAACCGACUAGUAGCAGGAGAUAAUUUCAAGAUUGGUGUUGAGGCGUUCGCUACAAAGACUAAACCUAAAUGGGUUCCGUCGCAUCUAUGA